AUGCAAAGGAAAGCCUCCCCCGCCCACACUCCACUCCUCGCACCCUCUCGUGUAUUCAUAUCCGAGUCCCAGCCAUGGUCACCCCGGCCACAUCCGAAGGCACUUCCACCUCCCUCCUCCACCCGGGCUAAUUCUUUGCCUGCCACCUUCCGUCUACACACCUUGUACUCGCGCCUCUCCUUGGGUCACCUUGUGCCCUACAUCCCCGACUGGCACGGGAGUAUACAUCUUUCACCCCCAGCCGUAUUCCUCCCCGCUCCCUAG